ACACACAAUUCAUUAGAUUUUAGGGCUUUGUACGAUCGUUCCUUUUCAUCUUCGCGAAUCCGAAAAUGUCAGAAUUGCCAGACGAGCUAUGGAGACAAAUUCUGGAAAUUGGUGUUAAGAGGUGUGAUUUCACUUACAGAGAUCUCUGUUGCAUCUCCAUCUCUUCUCGCCGACUUCGCCGCCUCUCCGACGACGAAUGUCUAUGGUCUCACCUUCUCUCCUCCGAUUACCCUUCCUCAUCUUCUUCUUUUUCAUCCUCCGACGCCUCUUCGAAGUUCCUUUACAAACUCAGGUUGGAGAGAGAUAGGUAUAAGAAGGCAGAGAAGCAUAGGAGAACAGUGUUUAGAAAGAAUAACCAAAUAAAGGCGCAUUUUAGAAGGCUUGAAGAAUUAGAGGAAGGCUUGGUGGAGGAGACCAAGAAAUUGACAAGGACCUUGACGGAAUUGUCUAAUUUACGCACGGUCAGUCACAGGGAAGCAUCAGUAGCUUUGAGAGUCUGGCAGCCAGAGGUCAUUAGGGCAAGGCAAAGGCAAAUUGUCGAACAAUGCAGCGUGUCUGUUGAUUCUCGCUUGCGGACUCUCGAUAUGGAGCUCAAGCUUUGUGAGCUACAACUUUCCAUUUCUAGGAAAGCACUUAAAGCUGAAAAACGGAGACUCGACGUAGCUAAAGAAGAGUUAGCUUCAUUGAAGUACCACCCUCUAAAGUAUUAUCAUAGAUUUGUAGAUAGCAGUAGUAGUGGACCUGGCAUCAAGAGGAGGUCAGAGGAUGUAAUAAAUAGCCAGGUAAAACAGUUACGGAGCUCGUAACUACCAGAGAUAGCAUUGCCAGUUGAAGAACGAGCCCGCGACUCAUAGACUUGUGGCUUGGUUUGGAAUUACUAAAGACUGGUAUGCAUUAACUUGAGUAGCUGAGAUGAGUGUAACUAUCAGGUGUUCUGCACUUAAUAAGAUUGAAUCAUACAUUUUAGUCAAAUGGGCAAUUCUAGAAAUAAGUAGGAAGAGUUUCAUUAAGUUUAUAUGAAGCUAUAGACCAAAGGGAAUAUUUUGUUUCAGGUUCAA